CUUUGCAUUGAUGACAUAAAUCCAAAUAACAUUUAAAAAGAAAAACCAAAUUUGCCUACUACUAUGAACCUUCAUUUUUCCUAUAUAAACCAUCUGAGGUUGAGAUUCCUAAGUAACCCCAUCAAACUACUUUCUCCAUUCUCAUAACAAAAACUCUCUCUCUCUCUCUCUCCCUGGAGUGAUAAAAUGGACCAUGCAAUGCCAGAAGACCAAAAAGCCCCUCUUCUUCCGCUCCAUAGUUCAAUACUUCACAGGUCACAGAGCUUCAACUCCUCAAUCAGAUCCCUCCUCACAUUGAACAACUUCUUUAUCCUGUUGGGACCAUUUUUGUGCGCAAUUGUUUGCCUGUGUGUCAAAUUGGAGGGUCCGGCGACCAGCCGGAACAUGUUGGCGGUGCUGGUGUGGGUUUUUGCGUGGUGGGUCACGGAGGCGGUGCCGAUGCCGAUAACCUCCAUGUCGCCGCUAUUCCUGUUCCCGCUGUUUGGAAUAGCGGCUGCCGAUGAUGUGGCGCGGUCGUACAUGGAUGAUGUGAUUGCUCUUGUUCUUGGGAGCUUUAUACUUGCGCUUGCCGUUGAGCAUUAUAAUAUUCACCGGAGGUUGGCUUUGAAUAUCACUAUCUUAUUCUGUGGGGACCCACUAAACCCACCACUCCUCCUCCUAGGGAUCUGCGCCACCACAGCAUUCAUAAGCAUGUGGAUGCACAACGUGGCAGCAACCGUGUUGAUGAUGCCCGUAGCCACCGGAAUUCUACAACGUUUGCCCGCCGGACCCACCCGAGACGAGGUCGUCAUCAAGAACUUCUGCAGGGCAGUGGUCCUGGGGGUGGUAUACUCUGCGGCCGUGGGAGGGAUGAGCACGCUUACGGGGACAGGUGUCAACCUCAUACUGGCUGGAAUGUGGAAGAGUUAUUUCCCUGAGGCCGAUCCCAUCAGCUUCAGCACAUGGUUCUUCUUCGGCUUCCCUUUGGCUCUGUUGAUUUUCUUGGCUUUGUGGGCCAUACUUUGGUUCUUGUAUUGCAAAAAGGGGUCUGGUGGGGUCCUCUCUGCUUAUUUGGACAAAGCGCAUUUGAAAAGGGAGCUUGAAUUGUUAGGUCCAAUAACUUUUGCUGAAAAGAUGAUACUGACUGUGUUUUCGCUGCUAAUUGUAUUAUGGAUGACAAGAAGUAUUACUGAUGACAUUCCUGGAUGGGGAACUCUCUUCAAUGGGAGGGCUGGUGAUGGAACUGUUAGUGUGUUGAUGGCAACCUUAUUAUUCAUCAUUCCAAACAAGAAGCAAAAGGGGGAGAAAUUAAUGGACUGGAACAAAUGCAAGAAGCUCCCAUGGAACAUCAUACUCCUACUGGGCGCUGGAUUUGCCAUAGCGGAUGGAGUCCGAUCAAGCGGCCUUGCUGACAUCUUGUCAGAAUCCCUAGCCUUUUUGGAACAAGCUCCUUAUUUAGCCAUAGCCCCACUUGUAUGCCUCAUCAGCAGCUCGAUCACCGAGUUCACGUCCAACAAUGCCACCACUACCCUCCUCGUACCACUACUCAUCCAGAUUGCACAGACAAUGCACGUGCACCCGUUGCUUCUAAUGAUCCCCGGAGCCAUCGGAGCCCAAUUCUCCUUUUGGCUUCCGACUGGAACCCCUUCAAAUGUUGUCGGGUUUACUACCGGGCAUAUCGAUAUUCGAGACAUGAUUAGGACUGGGGUGCCGCUCAAGAUUGCAGGGAUUGUUGCUCUGACGAUUUUGAUGCCUACUCUAGGGGCAAUUGUGUUUGGAACUGAUAGACAAGUGCUAGAUUGGAAACUACAUGUGCGCCAUUGUAAAGGCAUAUCAUAGAGAAGCUUCGAUUCCCAACGACCAUGAAUGAGAAUUCCAUAGUGGAUAGGGCUAGAGGAACCAAAGGAAAUCUACUAUACAUUUGCCCGUUCCUCUUUUUUCUUGUAUGUUUUCUCCCUUUUUUUUUAAGUUUGUAAUUUUGUGGGUUUAUCUUCCAUUUUUGCUUGUAGAAAAUAUUUAUGCAUCUGGAGCCGAAAUUAUCAUUUUUUGAUAGUCUCGAUAUAUUUCUUUUAUGUUAAUAAUAAAAUGAUUGUUCCUUCCUUACAUAAA